AUGAUAGGGAAGGAUCAUUCUAUCGAGGUCCAGAGAAAGAUUGGAUUUCCUAAGAUACUUUGGUAUGAAGAGAAUUACGUGAUAGAAAGAUACAUUGAUUUUGAGGAGGUAAAUUGGGAAAGGGAUAUGAAGGAAAUAGCUUUAGAGCUGAAAAGGUUUCAUUCUCAGAAGUGUAAGUUGGAGUAUUCAGUGUUGUUGGAGUACACACUCCAAUCUGAGAUGGGAGAUAUGAGGAAUAGGGUACUUGAGAGAAUUAAAAAUGAAAUUUUCGAGGUCAUUAAAGGUGAAAAAUUGAGUUUGUGCCACAAUGACCUGCAAUUAGGGAACAUGAUGAAGAUUAAAGGUGGGAUAAAGUUUAUCGACUUUGAGUACACUACAAUGGGGAAUGCCUAUGCUGAUAUAGCAAAUCUUUUCUGUGAGAAGAUGUGUGACUAUGAAGAGGAUAGUGUACUAAAGGUGGAGAGAGGGUGGAGUGUAGAGAAGAAAAAGGAAUUUCUAAGAAUUUAUGAAGGAAAGGAGGAUGUUGAGGUGGAAUAUGAGAAGGUGUGUAAAAGGGAGGUUAUUCCCCACUUUUUUUGGUUAAAAUAUUUGAGGGAUGGUGGUAUGAUCAGUGAAGCUGAGCAUGAAAUGAUGAGGAUUGAGAUAGAAGAGGGUAUGUAA